CCAGGCCUGAGGCGCCAGGCAGGAGGGUGAGGCGCUAGACCUGUGUGCACGAGGCACGAGGCCUGAGGCGCGAGGCCUGAGGUGCCAUCGGGCCGGUUAUGGCCGUUAAGGGCAAGGCCUCGGUCAGAGGUGGGACGCGGGCUGGGCUCCCGGCCCGCCCACCGUGCCGUCCUUUGACAGUCCCGGAGACCCCGCUCUCCCUCGGGCCCGUCGCCAUCCCGCACCCUCUCCCCGCCCUGGGCCCCCUUCCCCUCUCCCUGGCCCUUUCCCCGGCCGUCGACACCCCCGGCGCCGGCCCCGUGGCCCCGUGGCCCCGUGGCCCCGUCUCUGUGGGCUCGGGGCUCCCCGGCACCCUCCCUCCGCGCCCCCGGUUGGGCCCGGUUUGGCCGCUCUUCCCUCGCUCCUCGUCCGGGCCGGGGACCCCGCCGGGCCCGGGGAUGCGGCCGCCCUGCGGAUCCCCCCUCCACCACUACUGCCCCUUCCUCCUUUUCCUGCCGUGGCUCCUCUCGCGCCGUCCCGAGCCGGCCGCCCCCCGUCAACUCGCGGGUCCCGCGGCCCGGCCGCUCCCGGGCCCCCGGGGCCCGGCCCUCACACCGCCUCCGCCGCGCCUCCGCGACCUCCUGGUCCUGGCCCCCGGAGACCCCCGGCCCCGCCGGAACCUGAGCCUCGCCCUGCCCGGCCACGGCGUGAGGCUGUGGCUCUUCCCCCCAGCGGGGCCUUGGCCCCGGACCCCCUGGGAAGUGCUCCAGCUGGGCGGGUGCCUGCAGGCCGGGCCCCGGGCCGCUCCGGUCCCGGCGGCCUGCCGAACCUACUUCAGCUACCGGGUCAACGUCACCUACCACGGGACGGGCCUCUCCCUGAGCUCCCUCAGCCUCCACGGCGGCCCGCUCCCAGACCCCGGGCUGCCCUUCCGGGUGGAGCCCAUCCUGUUCCACCUCUUCAGCGCCCACUCGCCGCUCCUCAGCCCCGGCGGGACCCUCACCCUCUCCUGGAGCCUGCGGCCCCUGGGGCGGAAGGGGACGGGCUUUCAGGUGCUACAGCGGCGGGGCGGGCCGGGGCCCUGGAAGACCACCUUCAACCCUUACGCCGUGGUUCGCCACCCGUGCCCUUCCGACCCGGCUCCCUCGGGGAAGAUGGCGGCGGUGGACCUGUGCUUCCUCGGGCAGGGGAGCGACCUGCCGGCCGUGGGAGGGGAGCUGGGGCUCUCCGACGCCACGGCCGGCUUCAGGGUGAGUGCCAACUCCGCCUACCUCGCCCUGAACCCGCGCGGGUCCGAGCGGGGAGCUUUCUUCGUCGGUCCCAGCCACGGCCUGCUCUAUUCCCCCGGAGCCGGUAAGGAGGGCGGCGUUUCCGGGGAGAGAGGGGCUCCCAACGCCACGCGUCACCUCUUCUACCAGCGGCAGGGCCUGUCCUUCUUGUUCGCCCUCGACUUGGUGGGGCUGCGCCGAUACCGCCUGGGCGUGCACGUGUUCCUCAACCAGCGGGGCGCCUCCCUGCGGGCCCUCGCCGACCGGGACAUCGAGAUCCACUUCUACAACAGCGGCCCGGCGGAGCCCCAGGGUCCGGUCUACCUGGUGUGGUUCAUCCCCCUGCAGCACCCUCUGUCACCCCAGAGGUGGACGUUUAAGCUGCGGCUCCUCGGGCCCGGGGCGGACCUGGCGUCCCGCGGCACGUACACCUACGGGGACCGGGUACCCAACGCCUCCAGGUUCGUCCCUCGUUCCGUCCUGCCUUUCGAUCCCGACCUGUACUCCGGCUUCGUAGCGAAGACCAACUGUUCCCACGACGGCUCCAGGCCCGCCGUCCUGGAAGCCACCGUGCCCACUUACGCUUCCAAAGUCCUGGAGUCUUCCGUGUCCUGCCAGCGAAGCCGCUGUGUCAUCGAGAAGGUGAAAAUCACCAAGCCCAGCGUCCCCCAACCCAUCUUCUCGGUGGAUCAGCACCUGCCCUAUACCUUGUUCAGUAGGGUGGCGGUCGACUGCCCCGGAGCCCUCAGCGUCAAUUUAACCUGGAGGGUCUUUAGCGUCCAAAACCUCAGCACGGAUCCCAGCGAUGCGGAACCCUUGGAUACGUCAUCCUGGGAUAAUCGAAACUCCUCCAUCUUCUACCUGCCCGCCUAUACUCUACGACUGGGGACGUACCUGUUUAACCUGACGGUCACGGUCAUCCCUCCCGAGAAGGGGGCGCCUCUGCUGGAGGACUCGGACUUCGUCUUCGUGGACAUCCAGGGCCGAGACCUGAAGGCGGUCAUCGCCGGCGGCUCCAAGCGGACGGUGGGCGUCGACGACACCUGGACCCUGGACGGGAGCGCUUCCAUGGACCUGGACGCGGUCGACCCGUCGGCGGGACUCUCGUUUACCUGGUACUGCACCACGAAGGCGUCCAACUUGAAGAAAAUGCCCGUGCCGGGCCCCGGCCGCGAAACCUGCCUUUCCAGCCAGGUGGACCUGAGGUGGAUCUGGCCCUCCGACCCCGUCCAGACCGUUCUGCCCAGAACCCUGCAGAGCGGCAGGGCCUAUUACUUCCGCCUGGUGGUUCAGAAGGACAGGAGCACGGCGCUCGCUGAUCAGACCGUCAUCGUGCAAUCGGGGUCCACCCCGGAAGUGAGCCUGAACUGCAUCGAGAACUGUGCGAAGACCUUGAUCCCCACCAACCGAUUCUCCCUGGCAGUGAACUGCUCCAACUGCGACAAGGUGCGCCCCGCCUACCUGUGGUCCCUCCUCUCGUCCGAGGGGACGGAGAUCCGCUUCGACUGGCUCGCCAAAACCUCGACCGGGCGGCGCGGCGCCUACCUGACCAUCAAGUCCCUGGCUUUCGCCGACUCCGUUGACCUCUCCUACAUUCUCUCCCUGCGGACGACCUCGCAGAGCGGCGUAUCCUCCGUCUCGAACUAUUCCUUCUUUGUGAAUUCUGCCCCCAGGGCGGGUCGGUGCCUCGUCAGCCCACUCCGAGGGCUGGCCUUCCUGACCAAGUUCAUCAUCCAGUGCCGCGGCUUCACCGACGACAACUUACCCCUCUCGUACAAGAUGAUCGCUUCGGAUCUGACCCCCGUCGGCACGAUCACGACGGUGGAGGAGAACACGCUGGGGACGGUCCUGUAUUCGGGACCCUGGCCCACCAUGCCGCCUUCCUUCCUCCCCGUGGGAGUCCCGUCCAGGCAGUUCACCGUGACCAUCCACGUUCAGGUCUCCGACUCCCUGGGCGCCUUCACGCAAGUCACGCUGCACGCCACGGUGCAGCCCCUCACCAAAAGGCAGUCCCCCGAGACCGUGCUCGACGAGGUCCACGGCGCCACCCACGGAGCCAACGCCACGCUGACCACCCUCCUGCGGAGCGGGGACUUCGUCCGGGCGGGCAACCUCAUCUACACGGCCUCCACCGUCAUCAACCACAUCGCCGACGCGCCGGGCCUCCGAGCCUCCAAGGCCCGGCUCCGCACGAGCCUGCUGAACAAGACCGCCGGCCUUCCCACCUCCAGCCUGACGGAAAUGAACCAGAUCGUCUCGAGCGUGACCCAGCUGACCCAGAAGGCGGCGGAGAUCAGCGAGGAGUCCCGAACCAUCGCCUCCAGGAGGCUGGCGGAGGUGAGCCGGGUCCUGCAGGACUACCGGCAGAAGGAGAAGACCUUCCACUCCGAAGAAAUAGACAUCCUCAGCACCGGGAUCCUCGCCAGCACGCGGAACGUCCUCCGGGCGAACCUCUCCGCGGCCAGCGGCCCCAACGAGGAAGUGGUGGGCCGGGCCCUCUCGGUCCUGGACACCCUGGCGGACACCGUCCUGCUCAAUAAGAUGCCCGGCGAAAACCAGACGGUGAUGAGGGCCGGCACCUGGACCAUCCACCUGUGGAAAGACGAGAAGAGGGACCUCUCCUCCGGGGCCUCGAGACAGGAGGGCUGCAGGAACUGCUUUUACCCCACCCUGGGGGAAGAGAGCGGGGCAGCGCUGCCCAGCGGCGCCCACGUCUCCACGGUGUUUUACGAGUUUGAGGAGGAUCCGUUCCGGGGGCUGGACCGGGGGGACCCCCGGGUCCCUUCCACCGCGGUGGUGGGCUUGAAGAUGACGGGGGCCGGGGCGGACGGAGAGGCGGUCAGGGUGGUGCCCCGGCAGGUGGAAUUCAUCGUGGCCCGGAAGGACUCCAACUCGGCCUUCUUCAACCUGACGGUCGGGCCCCAUAAGAGGCUCCGCAGGACCACGACGGGCGGGUUCAAUUUCGAGAUGAACCGAGACUACGAGGAGCUGUCCGUCCAGAUCGUGACCAGAGUGAAAACUUCCUUCGCGAUCCUCCUCUACCUGGGGAGGAAUGUCUCGGCUCCCCCGCUGACGCGGUUCUUGGCUCCGCCCGACCGGCCGCCCUCCAUCUUGGGGAGCGGGUCCCCGAGCCCCAACUGCACCAUCCGGGCCCCGUAUGUCCUCUGCCUGCCGCGCUCCCUGCUGGAGGCCUUGGUCCCCGGCCUCCGCUCCCCGAACUGGAACCUCUCGGUCGUGCUGCGGGCCCGCCGCUUCGUGCGGAGGCGCGACCGCCGGCUGGUGACCAUCUCCCUCUUCGUGGCUCACUGCCUGGCCAAGGAGGGCCCGGAGAGGCAGUGGCGGGAGGACGCCUGCCUCCUCGGCCGGCGCACGGACUGGCGGCAGGUGCACUGCCUGUGCCAGCCCCAGGGGAAGGUGGAGCGGCGGGCGGUCACGGCGGGCCCGAGCCGGAGGACCCUGGCCCACAAGACGCUCUUCCUGGCCGGGCGGCUGAUCGUCCCCCCGAACCCGGUGGACCUGGAGCAGGACCUGAUCGCCGCGCUCCAGAAGAACGUGGUGACGCUCCUCGCCGUCCUCGUCAUCACCCUCGUCUACAUCGCCCUGGCCUUCUGGGCCAUCAACCGAGACAUCGCCGACCGGCUCCUCCGGGAGCGCGUCGUCGUCCUGCCCGACAACGACCCCUUCGACAAGGUGUGCUACCUCGUCUCCGUCUACACGGGGAGCCGGGCGGGGGCGGGGACCACGGCCGACGUGUUCGUCCAGAUCAUCGGGACCCAGGGGGCCAGCGAGGCCCACUGCCUGAGGCACCCGGACUACCGGCCCUUCCUGCGGGGCCGGGCCGACAGCUUCCUCCUGACCACCCGGCGCGACCUGGGCGACGUCUACUCCCUCCGCGUGUGGCACAACAACCGGGGCGGCUCCCCGCACUGGUACCUGAGCCGCGUCAAGGUGGAGAACCUCUUCACCAAGCAGGCCUGGCACUUCAUCUGCCGCCAGUGGCUGGCCGUGGACAAGGGCGACCGGCUCCUGGAGCGCUCGUUCGUGGCCACCCACCCGGAGGUCCCCCUGGCCCGGACGGACUUCUUCCUCAUCGAGGUGGCCGGGAGGCUGGCCGGCGACCACAUCUGGUUCUCCGUCUUCGUGGAGGCCGUCCCCGGCCAGUUCGGCCGGCUGCAGAGGCUGUCCUGCUGCCUGGCCGUGCUGCUCAGCACCCUCCUCAGCAACAUCAUGUUCUUCAACAUCGACGAGAACCAGGAGGCCGUGGCGGAGGACAGGCAGUACCUCCGCUCCCUCAUGAUCGGCAUCGAGAGCGUGCUCAUCACCAUGCCCGUGCAGAUGGUCAUCAGCACCCUCUUCGCGUCCUCCCAGGCGCCGCCCGUGGCCCCGGAGCCCGUGGAGCCCCCCGGGGCCCCGCCUCCCCCCGCGGCGCAGUUCAGGACCUGGAAGGAGCACCUGCAGAGCUGGUACACCCCGGAGCCCGCCCCCGCCGCCCCGGCGGACGGGGCCCCGCCCCCGGCCCCCGCCGGCGCCGGCCCUCCCCCUGGGCGCCAGAAGAGCAACUGUGCGGUGCCCGAGGCCACGGCCAACGCCAUCGCCGAGAGCGAGGACGGGACGGGCGCGGCCCGGGGGCCGGCGACGCCACCUCCCGCCUGGAAGAAUGCCAACAACAACGCCGAGGCUGGGGGGGCCGGGGCCGGCCAGGGCCCGAGGCAGGUCCUCCGGAUAAUCUGCCCCUGCCGCCCGCCGGAGCUGGUCUUCCACUGGUGGUGCGUCUACGUGGCCUGGGGGCUGGUCAUCUUGACGUCCUGCCUGUCGUCCUUCUUCAUCAUCCUGUACGGGCUGUCGUACGGCUACCGGACCUCCCUCGAGUGGCUCCUGGCCUCCGCCUCCUCCUUCGGCCAGUCGGUGUUCCUGAUCCAGCCCUUCAGGAUCCUCACGCUGUGCGCGGCGCGGACGGCCGUCCCCAAGCUGACCCGCCACAUCUCCUGGACCGGCAAGUUUAACUACCAGGAGAUCCAGCUGGAAGGGGUCCCCGCGGACGCGGACGAGCAGCGUGAGGCGCAUCGCCAGGCCGUCCGGGCCCGGAACUCCAGGGAGUACCGGCCCCUAGAGGAAGACGAGAUCCGAAUCAUCCAGAAGCGCAAACGCAUCGAGACCCAGGCCUCGAGCUUCCUGAAGGACUUUGUCGGCCACUUUGUCUUCCUCGCCCUCAUCGUGAACAUCGUCUCUUCCUUGGAAAACACCAACAGCUUCCACUCCAACCAGGUGCUGGCCCGGAAGUUCUCCGUCAACCUGUCGGCCGUGAGCAAACUGGAGCACGUCUACGGGUGGCUGGACGGGGUCCUGGUGCCUCUGCUCCACCACGAUCACCACCCGGGGUGGCUCGCCGACAGCUGGUCGAAAAUCCUCGGCUGGCCCAGGAUGAGGCAGGUGAGGGCCAGGCCGGGCCCCGUGUCGUGCUUCUCCCCGUUCCGGAGGACGACCGGGCCGGGGCCCCGGUGCCUCCCCCGCUUCGGCAGGGACCCGGAGGACACCCGGAGCUACAGCGACUCGUGGGCGGAGGGCGGCCGCCCCGGCGGCCCCAGCUUCACCUACCAGGCCGACCGGAACCACUGGGCCUACCAGUCGACGGGGGUGCUCCGCCACUACGGGCCCGGGGGUUACCCCUUCUACUUCUUCCCCGAAGAACUCCAGUUCAAUUCCAGCACCAGGCUGCAGGAGCUGCGGCAGCGGGGCUGGCUGGACGAGCGGACGUGGGCGGUGAUCGUGGAGCUGACCACCCUCAACCCCGACGUCAGCCUGUUCGGCUGCGUCUCGGUGGUCUUCGAGGCGUCCCCCCUCGGGGUGGUGAACGCCAGCCUGACGGUGCACUCGUUCACCCUCCCCCUCUUCCACAAGCAGAGCCGGGUCCAGCUGCUGGCCUACGUGGCCUUGCUGGUCUUCCUCUGCGUAUACCUCCUGGACGAGAUCCACGUCGUGCGCCGGGAGAAGGCCGCCUACGUGAGGAGGACGUCCAACCUGAUCAACUUCGUCCUCAAGUCGGCCUUCCUGCUGUUCUUCCUGUUCUACGUGGCCAAGUUCCGCUUGGCCCACGAGAUCGUGGCCCUCUACCUGCUGAACCCGCACAGCUUCGUCCCAUUUCACUCCGUGGCCCACGUCGAUCAGACCGUGAGGGUCACGUUGGGCUUCCUGGUCUUCAUGACCGUCCUGAAGACCCUCGAGUACUCCCGGUUCUUCUACGACGUCCGGCUGGCCCAGAGGUCCAUCCUCGCCGCCCUGCCGGGCAUCUGCUCCAUGGCGCUGGUGGUGGCCGUCUACUUUUUCGUGUACAUGGCCUUCGGCUACCUGGUGUUCGGCCAGUACGAGUGGAACUACAACAGCAUGGUCCACUCGGCCCAGACGGUGUUCUCCUACUGCGUCUCGGCUUUCAGAGACACCGCCUUCUCCAGCAACAGGCUCCUGGGAGGCCUCUUCCUCGCCUCCUUCAUGCUGGUGAUGAUCUGCGUCCUCAUCAACCUGUUCCAGGCGGUCAUCCUGUCGGCCUACGAGGACAUGAAGCAGCCCGUGUACGAGGAGCCGUCCGACGAGGCCGAGGCCAUGAACUACCUGGUCCACCGGCUGAGGAGGCUGUACCACCGCCUCACCCGCCGGUCCCCGCGGCCCGAGGACACGGAGUUCUGGGACAACGUCUUCUACGGGCAGCCCAAGAGGAGGAGCCGCCGCUACCUCGGACUCAAAACCAGGAAGAUCAACGGCAAGAAGAUGGUCUACCUGGUGGUGUGAGGGGGCGCCGGGGCGGCCGGGAGGGGCUGGCCGAGCCCGGUCCGGAGGACGCUCGCUCUGGGGGUGUCGUGAGGUGAUUAUUCCAAAUCCUCGGGGGCGUUCUAGAAAAGGAAUUCUCAACGGGCCGCCCGUCCCCGCCCCCAAUCCCACCUGGGACGUCUCCCUCCUUCUUCGUGUCACCGACGGCUCUGGUUCCCGUCCCAGAAUUCCUCGCAGCAGUUCUCUCCCUUUGCCGGAAGAAAUGCCGUCUGAACCGGGGUUGGACGUGUCCCGGAGGGGGCCAGGGCGGCCUCCCGGAAAGCUCAGAUGGGAAGGACCGAUGAGGACGGUUUCCGGCAGACGUGGGGCGCCCGCCGGCCGGGGCCCCUGAACGCGACGCGCACGACGGGGGAGAGGCCGGAAGAGAGCCGACCCCUUGCGCCCUCCGCAGCCCCAGGGUGUGGGGAGACUCCCCUUCCUCCAGCCUUCUCAAGGAAAAGCCGUGUUUCGACCCUUUUGUCUCCGGGCCGGUUCCCGGCGGGGGUCAGGGAGGGCCGGACGCCCGCCAGGACUCCACGGAGCGGUUUGGGAGCUCCCACGAUGCCCCGGGGCAGCAGCGCCCCACGGAAUAAUCUUGCCGCGCUGGGUGGGGCUGGCCCUCCUUGGGGUCAUUUCCGAAGUCCUCUCCAUCCCUCUUGGCUCUGGACUGAAGUGACAGGGCUGCCUCCCGCCUCCCGCCAAACCCGACCUCCAGUAGCUAUGGUUUCUGGUCCCAGCACAGGGCUUGGAAACCAGACGACCCCUGUCCUUGCCCAGCCGCGUGCAGUCCCUCGCGCCUGAGGCCUGGGCCCAUGGGACUACUCCGGGGAAGGCCCGGGGCUCCAGGGAGAGAUAAAAGGCUUUAGCGAAAACGGGUUUCUGUCCGAAGCGGAGGAAAGGGCCCACAGAGUUCCAACGUGCCCCAGAGCGACGCCUCAGCAUUCCGCUCCCUUCUGUCUCUCGUUACGUAAAAGGAACGUGAAACCUUUAAAGAAGGAGCUUGCUUCGUCCCCCUAAGCAGACCAAGGGUUUCGGAAUUGGGGAAAUGCCAUUCCGUAAGGUCGGUCGUCUUAACCUACCUCUACCUCUGAGCUUCCUGAACAUUAAAUCCUUCUUCCCCGGUGGA